AAUGGCGGUACGGGGCGGGGCCGUUGGGCGAUCUUCACGGACGCCAAGGAGUCGAGCACCGUGUUCGAGCUGAAGCGCAUCGUCGAGGGUAUCCUCAAGCGGCCGCCGGAUGAGCAGCGGCUGUACAAGGACGACCAGCUUCUGGACGACGGCAAGACGUUGGGCGAGUGUGGCUUCACCAGUCAGACAGCACGGCCUCAGGCCCCCGCUACUGUGGGGCUAGCCUUCAGGGCAGAUGAGGCAUUCGAGGCCCUGCGCAUCGAGCCCUUCUCCAGCCCACCUGAGCUGCCGGAUGUGAUGAAGCCACAGGACUCAGGAAGCAGCGCCAAUGAACAGGCUGUGCAGUGAGAGGUCUCCCCAACUGUCCCCUCUCAAUAAAAGAUUUGGGUGUCCACCUGGUUGCUGCCUUUUUCUGCACACCCUCUCCUGACUCAGGCAUCCCCCUCCCUGUUGUGUGGCCCACCCUCAGCCUCUUCCAGCCCAGCCUUCUCAGCCUGGGAACAAAAAGGAUCUUGUGCUUUGUUUCUCCAGGGCAGCCCCUCCCAGCACGCUGGCUGGGUUCUGUGGGGGAUCUAGGCAGCCUCACCAGGCUCCCCUAAGACGUGGCCCUUGGGGGCAGGGGAUGCAGCCAGAAAGCAAAAGCAGCUCCUCUCCUAGCCCUCCCACCCCCAAUAAAGUUUGUAGACCGAA